AUGUCCAGAUACUCUUCUUUUCGUCUGAAUGGCAGUGAGUCUUGCGAUGCCAGGCCUAGAGUCGUACUAGUGGCUGAUGUAGUUGGUCUGUACUGUUUCACCUGUACUCCCGAUGCUGCGAGGGUCGUGAUUCGGUCGGCGGUUACAGAUCAAAAGCCAUUAAGCCUCUCUGUUUUGCCGCGAACGCUGGCUGAACUUUCAAUUGGACAGCAAGUCGAUAGAAACGCCCUCCAAGCUGCCAUUGCCAUCACUCUCCCACCGUCGCAGGACCCUGCAGCCAUCGCGACGACGCCUCGGAAACAUGGUUGGGUCGUCGGUGGCAAUGCCAUGCCGAAUCAGGCAAGUCCAGGCGACCCGAUAAGCCGUUAUCGCCCAGCGGACUUUUACCCGCCGACGAUAACAACAGCUCUAUCUUGCGUUGUUGCGAAAGGCAUGAUAUCUGAUGAGCUCUCUGGGGUCAGUGGAGUUUUUCUGAAUGCCGAUGCCGGAAGCCAUGUGGUUUUGCGGCCAUUAAACUCUAUGGCAAGCCCAUCGCUGAAGCCGCACCCCGGGCUGGAACUCCUAGCCGAAGUAUACAACGAUCAUCGAUCCGGUAAUGAAAGAAGUCAUCUGGCUUCCCCGGGCAGUACCCCGCGAUUUACAUGGAUUGAGUAA